CUUGCAGCUAACGCUAGCCAGCUAGGUUAGGUAACAUUAAUUUGUGUAAUAGUCUACCUCGUUUAAAUAAAAGAUAUUUCGAAAACAUCACUAAAUAGUAAUACCUAGUUAAGUGAUGCCUACAUAAGCGAGGCUAUUGCCAGUGAGUUGUGGGCAGAGCUAGUUAACCAUAAAGUAACCUAACCUUAAACUUAGCUAGCCAGCUAACAUCUACUUACUUUUCUGGCAACACAACAACACAACAUUUGGAUCAUGGAAAUUCCAAGAUGCCAGAAAGCUGCUCUAGAGCAGGUCGACCGGUUUUGGUCCCUGUUGGAUGACAUGUCGCAGAACGACCCUGGAGCGUACGAGACUUUCCUCAAGCGCCAGCUGCGAGAUGGAGCCCAGUAUUUCUCUCCACCGCAGCCGCGUACCUGCCUCCGCACUUCUACACAGCCAGAAGAGAUACUGUACGUCAACGUGUGCGGGUGGGGACGUGUGCCUGCACCCGCCUCUCCCACUCAGCCUGUUCCAGUAUGUGGCGGACGCGUAGAGUCCGUUCCUGGAGAGAAAGAAAAGUAUUCAAUAGUGGAUGUGGCCUUCAACCCUGAGGUUCUUCAGAUGGCAGAGGCAAGCGUGCAGGAAAAGGAUCAGAUACACCUGCUGGCUCUGCACUUCAUCCAGCAGCAGAACAAACUGAACCUGUCCCCGCAUUUCACUGUCACCAAAGCCAAACUCAAGGGCAGUUUGCAGGAUAUGAAACGUCGGCUUAUGUCUUCGCACCAGUCCAAGUGUAGCACAGCUAACAUGCAAACCGAGCCCGCACCCUCCCUUCUUCAGCAGAUCUGCUCGCUGCGGACAGAGGAGAGUGCAGAGGGCUGCGUCACUAGGCUGAGCGGGGGGCAGGGGCAAGGCCCUGCUAGGGCGGGCCUGGUGACGGUGAUGUCCAGCACCGAGGCAGCCCGGUGCCCGCAGCCCAGGCACCAGCUCACAGUGUGCCCAGAGACCUCCACGCGGACCCUGCGACUGCGCGUGGACCUGCCCGGAGUACACGCCGUCUCCCAGUGCCAGCUCAGCAUCACCCAGGUGGAUGUUCUGCUGGAGGUGGAGGAUAUGUAUUAUCUCCACCUUUGGUUCCCAGAGGCAGUUAACGAGAACACCUGCUGUGCAACGUACAACAAGAAGAAACACACGCUGACAGUUACAGUGUGUGUACUGUAAACUCAAGAAGAAGGUUCCCAACAAACCCCAUUCAAAUUCCUGCUAACUCCUCUUCAGCAACCUGUGUGCGUGGCAACGUAUGCCAUGAAGUUUCACUUCAGCUAGGGAUGUAC